AUGCAGAUUCUGUCUCGAGGAAAAGCAAAAGCUCAAGAUAAGAAAGUAAACACCAUGACUAGCAAGAACAGACUGCCCACCCCAUCGGAAAAAGCUGACGGUAAGGACCACGACAAGGUUUGCGUCCUGAACAAGGCCACAGAUAUCAGAAGAGCGGCAGAGACUUUGGCCGUAGCCUUUCAUGACUCAAAGGCGUUCGAUUAUAUUUCGAAGAAAUUCUUCAAUAUCCCCAUCACGGAACACGUGUCCAAGGAUAGAAUCAAUGCCACCAUUGCGUACUACGCGUCGUGCUAUUUGGACUCACCCCAUGGUGAGAUCUCCGAAGUCAACGAUUUCGACGCCGUUGCAUUGUGGAGUCUGCCACCUCACGUCCCCAAGGUACUGAGCAAUGAUCCUAAGUUCAAUAAGGACUUCAUUGAAGACUUGAGUGAACGCAGAAAGCAAGUCAUUCCGGAAGGUAUCAACUAUUAUUACCUCUUCUGUAUCGGUAAGAAUCUGAACGAGAAGAGCAUCAAAGGCUCGGUAAGAACGAUUUUCGAAGAAUACAAGAAAAGGGCUGACGAGGAUAACUGCGCUAUUGUGCUUGAAGCCAUUGCCGAACAUGCUAGAUCCGUCUAUGAAUACUUCGGGUUCAAGAAUUACAAGACUUUUAAAUACGGCGAGGGUGAAGUCGAUUCCAAUGGAAAUUACGACCCUAACGGUGAAGGGUUCACUAGCUACUUGAUGAUAUACCACAAAGACGGUGAUAAAGUCCUGAGAGGAUAA